AACUAGGGGGAAAAAAUUAAGUCACAAAACGUUUUUUUUUAAAUUUGUAUUCUGAUCUACUGGCAAGUCAUUUUCCUUUAAGUAAUCUAUUACUCAUUACUUUUCUGCCCAGUUUCUUGAACGUGGGAUGAAACCAGGGUAGAUAGAACGUGUAAUUCCAACCAAAUGUCUGUGAGGCGGGCAGGCUAACCUUAGAGCACCAAACGGUUUUGUUUUGGGGUUUUUUUUUUGGGGGGGGGGCGGAAAUUGGCAUCUAAAUGGAAUCUCUUGUUAAUUGACUUGAACGUGAAAAGUAACUGGGACUACAAUAAUGGAUGCUUUUGUUUUAUUUUUGUAUUCAAAAACGUGCUCAGCGUUUCAGGCUAAUGCACGCACGUGGCCAGUAGGUGCCAGCAGAGGCGCAGCGUUGAGACGCGCGUGUCCUCGGUGCCCCCACAAAUGGGCGGCGCGCAUCGCCAGGCCAAAAGUACAGUACUGUACUUGAAGUGCAGCUCCCGCGGGACACUUGCACGAUGUGCGCAGAGAAGUUGGCCAAAACGCAGACGAUCGACCUGAGGCGGAAGCUCAUUGGGCCAUCGUGCAAAAUCUUCUUCAGCGAUGACCCCAUUAAGAUGGUGCGCGCCAGGGGUCAGUACAUGUACGACGAGAGGGGUCAACGCUACCUGGACUGCAUCAACAAUGUGGCACACGUGGGUCACUGCCACCCAGAUGUGGUUUUGGCCGGCACGCAGCAGAUGGAAAUGCUCAACACCAACUCGCGCUUCCUGCACGACAACUUGGUGCUGUAUGCCCAGAGGCUGCAAGCCACCUUGCCUGCCCGGCUCUCCGUCUUCUACUUUGUGAACUCGGGAUCGGAGGCCAACGACCUGGCGCUCCGCCUCGCCCGCCAGUACUCGGGCAGCCAAGACAUCAUCACCCUGGACAACGCCUAUCACGGCCACGUGACAUCGCUGAUUGAAAUCAGCCCCUACAAGUUGCACCAUCUGGCAGACGCGCCGCUGAAUCCAUUUGUCCAUGUGGCCCUGAGCCCGGACGUGUACAGAGGCAAAUACAAACGGGACCACGCGGAUCCUGCCAAAGCAUACGCCGAUGAAGUCCGAGAUAUCAUCGAGCGAGUGCAAAGUCGAGGAGGCAAGAUUGCCGCUUUUAUUGCCGAGUCACUGCAAAGUUGCGGCGGGCAGGUCAUCCCCCCUGCGGGCUACUUUCAGCAAGUGGCUGAGCACGUCCGUAAGGCAGGCGGGCUCUUUAUCGCCGACGAAGUCCAGGUGGGCUUUGGCCGGGUCGGCAGCCACUUCUGGGCCUUCCAGCUGCAGGGCGACGACUUUGUGCCCGACAUUGUCACCAUGGGCAAGCCCAUUGGCAACGGGCACCCCAUGUCGUGCGUUGUCACCAGCAGGGAGGUGGCCGAGGCCUUCAUGUCAUCGGGAAAUGAGUAUUUCAACACGUUCGGAGGCAACCCAGUGUCGUGUGCUAUUGGCCUGGCCGUCCUUGACGUGAUCGCCAAGGAGGACCUGCAGGGUAAAGCCUUGCGAGUCGGGGGUUACCUGACCCAGCUGCUGGAAAAACAAAAGGAGAAGCACCCGCUUAUCGGCGACAUCAGGGGUCGGGGCCUGUUCGUGGGAGUGGAACUCGUGAGGGACAGGUCCACGCUCGCACCCGCGACGGCGGAGGCCCAAGAGGUCAUAUAUCGGUUGAAGGACGAGCGCGUACUGCUCAGCGCCGACGGGCCGCACCGCAACGUGCUGAAGUUCAAGCCCCCCAUGUGCUUCAACACUGACGACGCCGACUUUGUGGUGGAUAAAAUAGACGCCAUUCUCACAGAAAUUGAAGCAGCCACCGGUUUGAACACCGCCAAUGCAGUGAAUGGUAAGAAUGACGUCAAUAAAAGAAAGGGAUACUACAGAAAGAAAGAUCAUUUCAUACGUCGCGGGAACUACUUCUUACCAUCAACACGACAAUCUUCAACAGUGAACCAACUGGGAGGGGGCGGGGUUAAUGUAGAUAUAAUUCAAGAUAACACCUUUUUCUUUGCUUCAGGUCGCGCAGGAUAAACACGCUUUGCAUCGCCAUCGCAGCAGCUUGGCAAACAAGGUGUCAAGGCAUCGUGUGACUGAGCAAGCAAAAGAAAAAGGACGAUAAACUGAGAGGAAAGCCUUCUCGGGUAAAUAUGGUAUUUUUAGGACUUGACCUAGUCAAGUAUGCAACAUGGAAAAUGCAAGUUAACAUGAGCGGUGCGUUGACUUGUUGGUGCUGAAGGAGUUGACUCGACAGGACAUUUUAGGACAUCAGCUUAAAGAAUUCUGAAGUGAGGAACAGCGGGAUGUGCGCUCAGCGUGUCAUGAGGCAAAAGCCACCCAAAGACUCCUAUAAGGAGGAUUUUUUUUUUUUUUUGGGGGGGGUGCUCUGAAGAGCAGCAUGCACAUUUGAGGGAAUGACUCGUGCAAUAUGUUCCUCUUGAGAUGUUGUAUUUGUGAGUGACUCUCGUGCUUCUUUCUCACCCUCAAUGAAGUGAAUGAAAGCUUUAGAGUCAUUAAAUGCAGCAUUAUGCAAUCA